UUUCAGUAUAGACUGAAGAUUGAUCAAAGAGGACGAAACCGCACUGUAUCAGUCAAUUUCAGAAGGGACUCUGUCAAGGGUUCUUCAAUGGAAUCGUCGUCGUUGUCUUCUUCUUCUACUUCACAAUACUCUGUAUCUUACUGGGGUUAUCUCAGCCUAUUCCUUCUUCGGCCUAUUCUCGCCAUCUCCUUUGUCCUCUCCCUAAUUCUCUUCGGCUGGCUUUUGGCGUGGAAGCUGGUGCUGGUUCACGUUCCUGUGGUCCAAGAGAUCUUCGGUCUUCGGAAAAAACCCAUCAAGCCCAAACCUCCAGUUCGCAGAAGGUUCUCCAGAUUCUACAACACCAUCGAUGCCCAAAAUUCGGCUUCUCAGUGAAGAAGGCCCACUUCAGCCCUUUGGCAAAGGCACAGAGAGAGAGGGGUUCAACUUCAAUGAUGUGGAGGAUAGACGAAUUUCCAAGCCCAAAAUUUCAGUGCUCCUAUUGUUUAUUUCUGUAUUCAUCAGCUCUUCUUCGUUGCUACUUUAUUAAAUACUUACAUAAAUAUUUUAUAGAAUCUGAGUCAUUUAAGUUAAUUUAAGGUUUGUGAUGAUAAUAAAGAUAAGUGACACAUGAUCCAUAAUUAUUUAGGUGCCGCACGGUGACUUUGUUUAUUAGUAAAUAAGGCCCGUGUUACUUUGCCCUAGAGAUUGACAGAGGGACUUACCAAAGGGGUUAAAAAUAUCAAAAUAUCUUCGCUCAUUUUGUAAAUUUGCAAAAUGUUUCACUGCUCUCUUCUCUCCCUUUCCAUGGCCGUCGAUGCAACUGUUGCCUCGUUGCCGUCGUCUCGCCUCACAAAGCGCCACUGCAUCCUCGGUGGAGGAAUGAUGCAGCAAUGGUCAGUGAGGCGAUGGCAGUAAGAGGAGGCGAUGACAACGAGGCGAAGGCAGCGGCGAGACGACGAUUGCAUCGGCGACCAUGGGAAGGGAGAGGAGAGAGUAGCGAACAGUGGCACAUUUUGUAAAUUUGUAAUGUGAGCGAAGGUAUUUUAGUUUUCUUGAUCCUCUUUUGUAAGCUCUUCUUAUCUCUUGAACAAAGUAAAUUAAUCCAGUAAAUAACAAUAAUCUGACCUUAAUUUUUGUGAAAUUUUAUUUGAUAUGAUAAUUGCUGCGAAACAAACAAUAGUCGAUUGAUCUUUGAAAUUUGAAGUUCCCAUUAAUUGGCAAAACAGCAGAAAAACCAAAUCGGCCUCCCACUCCCACUCCCACGCCCACGUUUUAUUAUUAUUAGAAAAGAAUAAUACUAUUAAAUAUAACGUUUUUCUAAAAAGGGGCUGAAGCCUGACUGAUUACACACACAAAUUCAAAUUCAAAAUCAGUUAUAAAUUACAUCAUAUUUUCCAAACCCAACGAAGAAGAGCUGAAAAAGAGUCGACUUUUCGGCGUCAUUCCUCCCCCCCCCUCUUCUCUCUGUGCUCGCGAGUUUCCGUAUGUUGUUGGGAGUUUGCUUUCUGUAAUGGAGACUUUCCGAAGUGGGUUGGUUCCUCCUAAUAAUCUGUCCCUAAACAUUUCCUCUACCCAUAGUAGAUUCAACAUUUUGCCGCCAAAAUUCAAUUUUAAUGCCUCGACAGCUGGAAAUCUUGCUUUCCAUCAACCCGGAGUGGCAAUCCGCAGAAACCCACAGGCCCUAUCAGUUGCCACUCUUGAAACGGCAAAAGAUUGUAACAAUAGUCCAAUUCUCAAACCCAACAGUGAUAGUGAUGAUUGCUUUUCUCUGUUCAACCUUUUCAGGAUGAAAAAUGGUUCUUACUACGACUGCAAGCAGCUCCAUGGCCAGUACGUAAAAUCGGGUGGUUGGGGAUCGAAAAGUCUGAUGGGGAACCAGCUCGCUAUAUUGUAUUCAAAGGGGGAGGCAUCAUUAGAUGAUGCCCGUAAGUUGUUCGAUGAAAUUCCUGACAGAACCAUCUCUGCUUAUGCUGCAUUGAUAGGAUCGUAUUCUAGGUCUGAGAGAUGGGAGGAGCUGUUUGCUGUGUUUCGAUUGAUGGUUCGUGAUGGGAUUCUGCCCAACAAAUAUCUUCUACCCACGAUUCUCAAAGCGUGCUCAGCAGUUCAGUUGUUGAGGAGUGGUAAAAUGGUUCAUGGGUAUGUUGUCAGGAAUGAAUCGGAAACAGAUGUUUUUGUGGGGAAUGGUCUCAUUGAUUUGUAUGCAAAUUGUGGGGAAUUUAGGUAUUCGAAAAAUGUUUUUGAUUCAAUGCAGGAGAGAGAUGUAGUCUCAUGGACUGCCCUUCUCUCUGCUUACAUGGAUGGAGGGCUUCUGGAAGAAGCAACUGAUAUCUUUCAUUCCAUGCAAGUAAAUGGAGUGAAACUUGAUUUGAUCUCGUGGAACACACUUGUAUCAGGCUUUGCUCGGAAUGGAAACAUUGAUUUGGCUUUUCAAUAUUUGGAAGAGAUGCAAGAGCAGGGGGUUAAGCCACAGGUUACUUCUUGGAAUGGAAUUAUUUCAGGUUUUGUUCAAAAUGGUUUUUAUGAAGAUGCUUUAGAUACAUUUAAUAGGAUGGUGUGCUUCCCUGAGAAUCCAAAUGUUGUGACAUUGGUGAGUAUCCUUCCUGCUUGUGCUGGCACAAAAGAUUUAAACUUAGGCAGGGCAAUUCACGGAUAUUCUAUCAAAAGAAAGUUUCAAGGGAACAUUCAUGUAGCAGGGUCAUUAAUUGAUAUGUAUUUAAAAUGUGGAAGGAAUGAUUAUGCCGAGAAAGAAUUUAUUCAGGUAGAGGACAAAAACACUGCCUUGUGGAAUGAGAUGAUUGCAGCUUAUGUUGAUGAGGGGAAAAUGGACGCUGCAUUAGCGCUUCUUAGAUCAAUGCAAAAUGAUGGCUUACGUCCUGAUGAAAUAACGUAUAAUACAAUACUUGCUGGACAUGCAAGACAUGGAAGGAAGAAUGAGGCUUAUGACUUACUAUCUGAGAUGACCAAGAUGGCAUUGAUGCCAAACAUUGUAUCUUUUAAUGUUCUAAUAUCUGGUUUUCAACAAUCUGGACUUAGUUAUGAAGCUCUGAGGUUGUUCCAGACGAUGCAGUCACCUUCCAGUAAUUUUUGUGUAGAAUUGCCAAAUGUGCCAAUACUGCCAAAUCCGGUCACAACUACUUGUGCGCUUGCAGCUUGUGCAGAUCUAAGUUUAUUGUGCCGGGGCAAGCAAAUUCAUGGAUAUAUAAUCAGGAGAGGUUUUGAGGCUAACGUCUUUGUCUCAAGUGCACUGGUUGACAUGUAUGCUAAGUGUCGAGAGAUUAAUUCAGCUACUAAUAUAUUCUGGAAAAUUGAGGAUAGAAACACUGUUUCAUGGAAUUCUUUGAUUGCAGGACACACCAGCAAUGAUCAACCCGAAGAGGCUCUUAAACUCUUUAGUGCAAUGUUGGCAGAAGGCUUCAUACCAAGCUCAAUAACCUUUAUGAUACUUCUCCCAGUUGCUCGUGAUAUGGAAGCUCCAAAGCUGGCCAGAGCAUUACAUGGCUACAUCUUAAAGAGUCAUGAUAUUGAGCUUGACAAUAGCCUUGCAAGUGCCCUGAUAGACAUGUGUGCUAAAUGUGGUUGUGUUGCGGAUGCUAAAUUGUUGCUCGACCCUGGCACUUACGUAAGACGCUCAUCUCUGUAAUGCUCUGACAUCUUCAUCUCUCAGGGAAUAGGUGAGACUGCUGUUGCUUUGUUUGAACGGUAGGAGAUCAGGAACUUUGUCUGAUUAAAGUAUGAUCAGUAUAGCGCUUCCUUUGACUUGAAUCCAUAAUGGUUUGGUGGAGAAUCCAAAUGGGGUGCCAUAUUGAAUGCGCAUGCUUGAUUGGAACAAUAGGUGCCACUGAUUAUACCAGGCAAUGCUCUUUACUGCAUCGAAACAAAUGCAUUGCCAGCCAGAUGCGUGUGUCUGGAUAGGCCGCCUCUGACAAGAAUGUAGAAGCCGUUCAAGCACAGCAAGGAGGGUAAGCCACAAAAAGCUUAUGAUUCUUCUAACUGAAUGGUUCCCAACAUUAAUUAACACGCCGAUGUGGGCGUCAGGAGUUCCAAGAAUAUCUUGUAAGUACUCAUCAGUUAAUAUUGGUAAGAGUACUGCUGUUUUAAAAUGUUUGGAUUGGAUGCGAGGACGAACUUAGAAAUAGAGGAUAUGAUGGCUGGAAGAAUGGAGCAGGCUGGAUUAUUUUCUCAUUUUCCUUGGGCUCCGACUGAUGUUGAAAGAGUUCAGUUCAGCUUCUCUCUUGCUCAAAGAGAAGAUACCCAUAUAGUCUGCCUAUUUUCUUCAAAUGAUCCCCAUCCUAUCUGUGUCUUGGGAACAGAAUAAUCUUAUGCUAACUGUGACACAAGGGAUGAAAUUUCUAUCUACAUUUUCUUUUAUCUGGUUUCUUUCGACAGGCCUAUGGUUAAUACUUGGUCAAUGUCUUUUGACAAGCUGUCAUGAAUUGUAAUUUGUAACUCAGGGUAUGGGUAACAAGCAUGAUCUGUAUUCAUCAAAGCUACAUGUUCAUACAGAAUAUGGUAAUAAAGUGACUAUCUGGCAUGGAA